UGGUUUGUUCAAGCUCAGAGAGGUCAAAGAAGAAGUGAGGAGCUUCAUUAUGGCGGCCAAGGUGGUGAUGGUGGCCGUGCCAACAGUGUUGGGUAUAGCCUCUAUCCGGGUGCACACUGGUAGUGAUACACACACCGGCCAUAUUUCUCAACAAAAGCUGAACGUGUACACCCCACUGCCACCGUUUUCUCAGGCUCACUUCAUUUCUGAGAAUUCAGGGAUUAUUGAGCAUGGAGUGACUACCGUGAGAGAGGCUUUGCUCCCGCUUGUCCAGACUGUGAAGGGUGCCUGUGUCUCCAUGAAACAGGGGAGUGUUAAUCUUUACCAUGCAGGAGAGGAUGUUUACUAUUAUUUGAAAUAUCCUCCAGCGGAUUUUCUACCCAGAUUCUGCACCAUCACUGUGACUGGCUUGCUGGGCAUGUUCUUGGCCCGGAGAGGUGGUCGUUUCAAAGGAGUAGCGAUGCCCCUUGGCCUGAUGAGUGUUGGUGCAGCAGUGUGCUACCCAGCUCAGGUUGUCACUGUGCUGAAGGUGACAGGUAAGAAGGUGUAUGCUGCAGGUCAGUGGACCAGCUCCGCAGUGUCUCUGCUUCUCAGCUCCAAGCCCAAAGAGCUGCCUGCACCACAGCCCCAGUCAGCAGUGCCAGUAGAGGUUUCAGUAGCUGAAGCGGCUCAUUCCAGCACAUUGGAAGACACACCCAUCUUCCCUGAGACAGAAGUGGCACCAGCUGGGGUUCUUCCCAUCUCUGAUGAACUCGUCCCCUCUGUUCUUUCAGAUGAGGCGUCAUCUGCAACACUGACAGAGGAAUCAUUUGACCAUCCGCUUACACAAACCACCGCAGUGAAUUCUGUUGAAGCAGAGACAGAUGCCCUUCAUCCCCCUGAGCCAUCGCCUGUCUCACCUGCAAAAGAGGAACUGUCAGCCUCAGCACAAGACUCGCAGGACGUUUCCUCUAACAGCAGGCCAUCUGAGCCCACAUCCAGUUUACAACCAAACACUUUACAGUGUGAUGAGUCACCUGCUCCAAAACCCUCAAUCCAACCAGCAGGUAUCACAAAUCUUCAACAAAAAACAGCAUUAUAUCUGCUUCAUCCUAUUAAGGGCCACGAGGGAACUGGAGCCUACUUUGGUGGUCAUUGGGCAAAAGGCGGAGUGCACCCUGCACAGGCUCAGUCUCUGCCAGGGCCAAGACAACUGACAAACUCAUUUAUGCCCAUUCAGUGUUUUGGCAUUUCCCAUAAUGCCCCUGGCGGCCACCUGCUCUUUCCAGAAUGCUCCGCCGUGCCAUCAGCAGUGCCAGUAGAGGUUUCAGUAGCUGAAGCGGCUCAUUCCAGCACAUUGGAAGACACACCCAUCUUCCCUGAGACAGAAGUGGCACCAGCUGGGGUUCUUCCCAUCUCUGAUGAACUCGUCCCCUCUGUUCUUUCAGAUGAGGCGUCAUCUGCAACACUGACAGAGGAAUCAUUUGACCAUCCGCUUACACAAACCACCGCAGUGAAUUCUGUUGAAGCAGAGACAGAUGCCCUUCAUCCCCCUGAGCCAUCGCCUGUCUCACCUGCAAAAGAGGAACUGUCAGCCUCAGCACAAGACUCGCAGGACGUUUCCUCUAACAGCAGGCCAUCUGAGCCCACAUCCAGUUUACAACCAAACACUUUACAGUGUGAUGAGUCACCUGCUCCAAAACCCUCAAUCCAACCAGCAGACGGUGUUGUGAAGCCUGACCCCACUUUGAUGGACUUUGGCCAGUCCACUGCUGAAGAUGAAGACUUGUACAGCACUCAUAGCUGAGCUCCCAGCAGGCCACAGGAGAACUGUCAUUCCCACGCUGGCGUCGUUCACACGAUGGAUACACAGCGGCGUGAAAAGCUGCC